AUGAUUCACUUUGUGCCAAAACGUGGUCUGAGAUGUUUUUUUUGCUGCGAGAGCAGGCAGUUAACUAAGACAUUUCAAGGGCCAGCUGCAAAUCAGCAGAGCCAGCAUUUGACCCUUGGCCCAAGGCAAUUGUCCUUGACUCUUCUUUCUUUCGUUCUGGCCAGUGCCUUGCCACGGAACCUCCUGUCAUUCCUCGUGGCCUUUGGGGUCUUCCUGUCGACCUCUCCUCGGCGUCGUGAAGCCCGAGAGGCGAUCCCCAUCGAUGGCAGCAAUGCCGAGAGCACAGGUGACGUGGCUGAAGUGUCGCUGCUGAACAUCGCAGUGCAGGAGAUGUGGCCCGAAAUCACCAGCUUCAUCCGCACGGUCCUGAAAGAGACGGUGGAGGAAGCCAUUCAGACCAGAAUGCCCUGGUUUCUGAGCAGCCUCGGUUUCGGGCGUAUUUCUUUUGGAGACGCCGCCUUAAAAGUGGAAGAGCUCAACGUGGAGCGUUUGGCACAGGAGUCCUACAAAGAUGGCGAGAUGCGGAGCUUCAAGGUCUCCAGCCUGGUGGCCUGGGAUGCGGACGUGGACGUGGCCUUGACCGCACCCUUCGCGGCCAUUUCCGCGGAGCAUGUGCUGGUGAAAGGUCGACUGGACGUUUGUCUCCAGCAGAUCUUGCCGAGGCCACCCUUUUUCACGGGCAUCACCUUCUACUUCGCUGAGCUGCCUACUGUGCAGCUGACUUUGGAUGGCACUCUGAUGGGCCUCCGUGUGUCAUUGCUUUGGUUGGAGAAGAUCUUGGCGGAGAUCAUCCAAAAACAGCUGGCGGAACAGAUCGUUCUCCCUGCCGUGGCGGCAGUUUUACUGGACGUCACCAACGAUGACGCGUGGUUCGAAGCAGGCAACAUGUUCCCCGAGGGCAUUUGUACCGUGGUGGUGCUGCAAGCCGAAGACCUGGCUGCGAAGGACCUUGCUUUGCCCUUUGGCCUCUCUCAACCGAGUUCAGACCCCUACUGCGAAGUAACCUUGGGCACAUCGCAUUGGCGAACCCCUGUGCGACCGCAGAACCUGAACCCCAAGUGGCUUCCAGCUGAAGGCACUCGGCAGUUCCUGGUGCAUUCUCGCAGCGAGCAGCAGCUUCAGCUGCAUUUCUAUGAUGAGAACCCCUACACCGAGGAUGUUUCCUUGGGAUACCUGUCCUUGCCUGUGUCGGAGCUUCCGGCGGAGGUGAUAAACAUGGAACCGACUUUAGCCACCCGACGGAUGGCACUGAGCCAACAGGGCUUCGUGACCUUCUCAGGGACCUGGUCGGAGCUGAAAUUGGAUGAGACCAACCUGCGCCGACAGCUGCGACGCUUGGACGAGCGCUGCGGCCGUCGUCCCGCCUUUGUGGUCCUGAUUGGGAUCGACAGCUGCAUCUUCAUGGAGGGCAAGGAGGAAGCAAGGGCUCGCGCCAAACCGCGGGGCUCUUACUUUUGCAAGACCACUUGCGAGGAGCAUGAGGAAACCUACCGGAGCCGUAGCGCUCGCAAGAAAGGGCGUUAUGGCGCCACCGCUUGGUGGCGCAGAUCUACUGUGGUGGAUGUGGGCAGGCCUGGCGGUCCAGGCUCCGAAUCCGAUGAAGAGGAGGAAGUGGAGGACAACACAGUUCACUUCCAGGCCACUUUUACCCAUUUGAUCCAGGGAGACCCUCGCUCCGCCGUGUGCCACCUGAAAAUUGAACGUGGUGGCGCGCUGCCUGUGGGCAAAGAGGUGGGUCAACUGGAUUUUCCCAUUUAUCGCUUGAUUUCAGCGCAAGCCAACACGACCAAGGUGGUGUUACCUCUGGGCACUGCCAAGUUGUCAUUGCUGGCUCAGCUGAGGGCUACUGCUGGGUGAGAUUUUCGACGAUGCCAGAAGGGGCGACGAACAAACGGCCUCCCUGGCACCGGCCAAAGAAUGCCGGCACCUGGAGCGAC